AUGAGUUCUGAUUAUGGAAAAUAUGUGUGGCAAAAGCAUGCAUAUGGUGCACAUCGUCAAUUCUAUGUGGCCAAUAAUGAAAUCAGCGACGAACAAUACCAAGAAUUCAAGAAAGUUCUGGCGACAUUUAACAACGAACGGCAACACCAUCAACAUUUUCAAAUCUAUAAGGGCGAUAAGUUUCCAUGUUUUCAAAAGGUAAAUGUUGGAUUCGAAUCGGACAGUACUUACGGUCGUUUUCUCAAAGCCAAUCAAAGCAUACAUUUUAAUCAAGAAGUAUUUAAAUCGGCUCCAUUUGCUUCAGCCGUUGAACCAACAAGCCAUCAAUUUUGUUUGACAUGCCAUAAAGUGCCAUCGCAAACUGAGCAUGAUACCUUUAUCCAGUGCUCACAAUGUAUUAACGUAUUUUUUUGUUGCAUCCAGUGUAAAAUUGAUAAUCAAAGCCACAAAUUUGAGUGCGAUACCAUUUUUAGGCAUAUCACCGAUUUGGAUAUUAAGCUGUCCAUUCAAAUGGUGCUUGAGGCAAUGACAUUAUUUGCAACCGUAAACCAAUUGCAAUCGUACAUUGAGCGAAUUGUUGACGAUAAAACGUUGAGUCAAAGUAUACCUGUCGGCUGUUUCGAUAAAGUGGCACGUUUGGAUUGUAUUAUGCGAUUAUGCCCUUCUCCGCUUGACCAAAAAAUCUGUGAAAAGGCAUCGUUGGCAUAUAAAUUUGUUAUGGAAAUUCCCGUAAUAAAAAUGAACUUCAAACUAAAGUCACAGACACGCUUUUUGAAGCAUUUACUCAUGCAUUUCUUGGGAGUUAUUGAUGCAAAUGCCAUUGUUGCACAUAUCAAAGUUUCAAAAAGCACACAACUCAAACGACUACUAAUUUACGAAGUUUUUUCAUUUUUCAAUCAUUCCUGCUGUCCGAACGUUUUUUACUAUCUUCAACAAAAUAAUAACGUUAUGAUCGGAAGAGCAAAUCACACAAUCAACCAAAACGAACAACUUUUCAUAAACUAUGAGUUUUUCUAUGACAAUAAUACGGAAGAACGCAGACAAUAUAUUGAAGAAAAUUGGAAGUUUAUUUGUCACUGCAACAGAUGUGAGCAAGAUGUAACGGAAGAAAGUCGCCAACGAGCUGAAGAGAUGAGCCUUGAUGAACUUAAAACCCAGCUGAACACUACGGAUAUGACCACUUGGAGAAGACAACAUUGUGCUUACAUUUUAAGAUAUAUGCAACUUAUGAAUCGUCCACAGCUUAAUAUCAGAUGA